AACCGCCCCGCGCGAGGCCCCAAACCCUACGACGGCACCACCAACCGCACCCCCCUCCCCUUGUCCCCUCACCCGAUCCACAACACCCCGGCGGCGGCGGCGGAAGGCCACCGAAGAUGUACGUCGUGAAGCGGGACGGGCGGACGGAGACGGUGCACUUCGACAAGAUCACGGCGCGGCUCAAGAAGCUCAGCUACGGGCUCAGCCAGGAGCACUGCGACCCGGUGCUCGUCGCGCAGAAGGUCUGCGCCGGCGUCUACAAGGGCGUCACCACCAGCCAGCUCGACGAGCUCGCCGCCGAGACCGCCGCCGCGCUCACCGCCUCCCACCCCGACUAUGCCUCCCUCGCGGCCAGGAUUGCCGUGUCCAACCUGCACAAGAACACCAAGAAGUCCUUCUCCGAGACGAUUAAGGACAUGUACCUGCACUACAACGAGAGAUCUGGGCUGCUGUCUCCGCUGAUUGCCGAGGACAUCUACGAAGUCAUCAUGAAGAACGCUGCUCGCUUGGACAGCGAGAUAAUUUACGACAGGGACUUUGAUUAUGAUUACUUCGGCUUCAAGACUCUGGAGAGGUCUUACCUCCUGAAGCUUGGUGGAGUUGUUGUCGAGAGGCCGCAGCACAUGUUAAUGAGGGUUUCAGUAGGGAUACACAAGGAUGACAUUGACUCUGCCAUCAGGACUUACCAUCUCAUGUCCCAGCGCUGGUUUACUCAUGCUUCGCCAACCCUUUUUAAUGCUGGCACCCCAAGGCCUCAGCUGAGCAGCUGUUUCCUUAUCUGCAUGAAAGAUGAUAGCAUCGAGGGAAUCUAUGAUACUCUCAAGGAAUGUGCUGUCAUAAGCAAAUCUGCUGGAGGAAUUGGUGUCUCUGUUCACAACAUUCGUGCUACUGGGAGCUAUAUUCGAGGAACAAAUGGAACAUCCAAUGGGAUAGUUCCUAUGUUACGUGUCUUCAAUGACACUGCUCGUUAUGUAGAUCAAGGAGGAGGCAAGAGAAAGGGUGCCUUUGCUGUAUACCUGGAGCCCUGGCAUGCUGAUAUUUUUGAGUUCCUUGAUCUGAGGAAGAACCAUGGCAAGGAGGAGAACCGUGCGAGGGAUCUUUUCUUUGCUCUCUGGGUUCCUGAUCUAUUCAUGCAAAGAGUGCAAAAUAAUGAGGAUUGGUCCCUGUUUUGUCCUAAUGAAGCUCCAGGGUUGGCUGAUUGCUGGGGUGAGAAGUUUGAGGAAUUGUACAAGAAAUAUGAGAAAGCAGGCAAAGCGAAAAAGGUCAUUCCAGCACAGACCCUUUGGUUUGACAUUUUGAAGGCACAGAUAGAAACUGGCACACCUUAUAUGCUCUAUAAGGAUUCAUGUAAUAGGAAAAGUAACCAACAGAAUCUGGGCACAAUCAAAUCUUCAAACUUGUGCACUGAGAUAAUUGAGUUUACAAGUCCAGAGGAAACUGCUGUCUGCAACUUAGCAUCUAUUGCUCUGCCACGUUUUGUACGGGAGAAGGGUGUCCCAAUAGAGUCCCAUCCAUCUAAGCUUGCUGGUAGCAAUGGAUCAAAAAAUAGAUACUUUGACUUUGACAAGUUAGGCGAGGUUACUUCAACUGUUACUUUCAAUCUAAACAAAAUAAUCGAAAUGAACUAUUAUCCUGUUGAAACUGCAAGGAGGUCUAAUAUGCGACACAGGCCAAUUGGCAUAGGGGUUCAAGGCUUGGCAGAUACGUUCAUGUUGCUUGGCAUGCCAUUUGAUUCACCUGAGGCUCAGCAAUUGAAUAGGGAUAUUUUUGAAACUAUUUACUAUCAUGCUCUGAAAGCUUCUGCCGAAUUGGCUGCUAAAGAAGGUCCUUAUGAAACAUAUGAAGGGAGCCCUGUCAGCAAGGGCAUUAUCCAACCUGACAUGUGGAAUGUAGUGCCAUCGACCAGAUGGAACUGGCCAACUUUAAGGGAAACUAUUGCUAAAGUUGGAGUAAGAAACUCUCUUCUGGUGGCUCCAAUGCCCACUGCUUCCACCAGUCAGAUUCUUGGCAACAAUGAGUGCUUUGAACCCUACACAUCUAACAUCUACAGUCGGCGGGUUCUUAGUGGGGAGUUUGUUGUGGUUAACAAGCAUCUUCUCCAUGACUUGACUGAGAUGGGUAUCUGGACACCUGCUUUGAAAAACAAGAUAAUUUAUGAAGAUGGUUCUAUUCAGAAGAUGGAAGAAAUCCCUGAUGAUCUUAAAGCAAUUUACAAGUAUGUGCUUCACCCUCCUCUCAUUACAUCCUACUUGGUGCGGUUGAUAUAUAUAUCUGAAAGUUCACUCAAUUAUUGUAUCAGGACUGUUUGGGAGAUCAAGCAGAAAACUCUGGUUGACAUGGCUGUUGAUCGUGGGUGCUACAUUGACCAGAGCCAGAGCCUUAAUGUCCACAUGGAUCAACCAAACUUUGCAAAGCUAACUUCGUUGCAUUUCCAUGCUUGGUCCAAGGGCCUGAAAACUGGGAUGUACUAUUUGAGAACAAGGGCAGCUGCUGAUGCAAUCAAGUUUACUGUGGAUACUGGCUUUCUGAAGGUCAAUGGGGAUGCUAAUGGCACUAAUGGCACUGCUAAUGGCAAACUAGCAGAGGAGGACGAUGAAGCCAAAAUGGCGCAAGUUGUCUGCUCCUUGAACAACCGGGAAGAGUGCCUGGCAUGCGGAAGUUAGACGCAUCUGUUGCAUCUAUUUUUCUCUUAACCAAGGCAGCAUUACACAACCAAACGGUCUGAUCAUUGGCAUUGAAUAAUGCGAGAAGAGAGUCGUUUAUGUAGGUGCGGUUGUGUUUAAGAACUGAUGAGUUCCUUUGCUGGGCAGCCCUUGAUGGUUGAGUUGCCAAUGUUGGCUUGUUAUUUGUACUAUCUAAAAACAUGGGUUGCUGCAGCUGUAUAUAUAUGUAUCAUUGUUUGUGUUA